AUGGCCCGCAGGAAAGACGCCCAGAAGCCUCCAGCAAAGGCUCCCGUCGCCGCACCCGCACAACCAGCUCGCCCCGCCGCCUCGAAACCGGCAAAGGCUCCCCCACCUCGUCGUCCCUCGCCGUUGCGCAUCGUCUUCCUCUGCUUCCGCAUCUCGCUGUGCGCUUUCGCCCUCUACAUCCUCUACAACCGCCUCCACGCCAAGCCUGCCAACAAGGUUAAGCUCGACACCGACGCCGAUGUCGCCCCGCCGCCGCAACCGGCCGCGCCGACCGUCGACGACGAGCAGCAGCCGGCCGCGUUCGAGCCUAUCGUGCGCGACCAAGAGCGCAGGGACGCCAUCCUCCAGGCCUUCAAGCACUCGUACUCGGCGUACGAGCGAGACGCGUUCGGCUUUGACGACUACCACCCGAUCUCGCACCACGGCACCAACAUGUCGCCCGCCGGCCCCGUCGGCUACUUCCUCAUCGACUCGCUCGACUCGCUCUUGCUCGUCGGCCUCGACGACGAGUACAAGCGCGCUCGCGACUGGGUCGCCAACGUCAACUUUGACCUCGACGACAAGUUCCACACGUUCGAGAUCACGAUUCGCGUCCUGGGUGGCCUCUUGUCGGCGUAUCACUUCUCGGGCGAGACGGACCAGGUCCUCCUCGACAAGGCCGUCGACCUUGCCGACCGCCUCCUGCCCGCGUUUGACACGCCCUCUGGUCUGCCGACGAGCUUCGUCAACCUCGCGCAGCGAAAGGGCGUCCCUGAUGUCGACAACAACGGCCUGACGAGUGUCGCCGAGGCUGGCACGCUCCAGCUCGAGUUCAAGUACCUGUCGCACUUGACGGGCAACGACGUGUACUGGCAAAAGGUCGAGAAGGUCAUGGACGUGAUCCGCAACCAGCCGUCCAAGGACGGCCUCGUGCCCAUCUUCAUGCGUCCCGACACGGGCUCGUUCGUCUUCUCGGACGUGCGCCUCGGCUCGCGCGGCGACUCGUACUACGAGUACCUCUCGAAGCAGUACCUCCAGACGAACCGUACCGAGGACACGUACCGCGACAUGCACGACCUGGCCAUGGGCGGCAUCAAGAAGCACCUCCUGAAAAAGAGCGCGGCCAAGAACUUUGUCUACACGAGCGAGCUCUUGCCGAGCCGGAACCCGAUGACGGGCGCUUUGUGCCAAGACCACCUCGCGUGCUUCCUUGGCGCGACGCUCCUUCUCGGCGCGACCGACGGCAACCGGCUCGCGGUCCCGCCCGACGAGACGCAGUUCUCCGAGGCGCAGCGCGACGACUGGUACGCCGGCAAGGCCCUCAUCCGGACGUGCGUCGACACGUACGCGAGCAGCAAGACGGGACUGGCGCCCGAGAUCGUCAACUUCCACCUGUCGCCGCUCAAGGCGCUUCAGACCAACCGCGACUGGUUCAUCAACUCGCGCAAGCCGGGCCAGGCCGGCAUCGCGCAGCCGCCGAUCGACGCGCGCAACAUCCUCCGGCCCGAGACGGUCGAGAGCCUGUUUGUUGCGUACCGCGUCACGGGCGACCCGGUGUACCGUGACUGGGGCUGGCGCAUCUUCCUCGCCUUUACGGCGCACUGCAAGCUCCCCAGUGGCGGCUAUGCCGGGAUCCGCGACGUCGACCGGGUCCCCGUCGUGCACGAGGACCGCAUGGAGACGUUCUGGCUCUCCGAGACGCUCAAGUACCUGUACCUCUUGUUCAGCGAGGACUCGGUCGUGCCCCUCGACCGGUACGUGUUCAACACCGAGGCGCACCCGUUCCCCGUGUUUGAGCCCUCGAGGGGCGCGGCGGGCGCGAGGGCGUAG